UCCCACCGGUUUCAUCUCUGCAGCACAGUUGCCAUCCUCCGUCUGCCUCCUCUGUAGCAUCCAACAACUUUUGCAUUAUUUUCUUUUUUACUCUAUUUUUAUUUCCUCAUUUCCACCAUGAUCAGAGCGCGUUGUAAGAAGCAUCAGCAGCAUCAAGCAGGCCCCGAGUGUUGAACAGACUGAGGAAUCGGCGCAGGAUGUGUUGACAUCUCCAGUUUUCCUCUCUAAAAUGGAGCUCUCUAUGCAGGGCUCCUCAUCAAACGCAUCCAAACUGUUCCUCAACUACAGCGUUCCCCUAAAUGCUACCGGGAAUUACACCAACGACCAAUACACUGAGGCCAACCUCUUUCAAAUCCUGGGUCCAAAACGAUCUCCCUUCUUCCUCCCUGUGACCACCGUUUACCUUCUCAUCUUCCUCACCGGCCUGUCUGGGAAUCUUCUCACAUGUGCAGUGAUAGCCAAGAACAAGAAGAUGCGAAACCCCACCAACCUCUACCUUGUGAGCCUGGCCGUGUCGGACCUGCUGAUGCUGUUGUUUGGGAUGCCUCUGGAGAUCUACGACCUUUGGCAGAACUACCCGUUCCCUUUCGGCGAGGGCGGCUGCUACUUCAAGACCUUCCUUUUCGAGACGGUCUGCUUUGCCUCAAUCCUCAACGUCACAGCGCUGAGCAUAGAGAGGUACAUAGCUGUGGUGUACCCGCUCAAAACAAGGUACCUGUCAACCAACCAGCACGCCAAGCGGUCCAUCAGCAUCUUGUGGAUGGUGGCGAUGAUCUGCGCCAUCCCCAACACCUCCCUGCACGGCAUCUUCUACCUGCCAGAGAGAAUGAAGGAGUCAGCCAUAUGCACCGUGCUGAAGCCCCUGUGGAUCUACAACAUGGUCAUGCAGAUCACCACUGUGUGCUUCUAUUUCGUGCCCAUGAUGGUGAUUAGCGUGUUGUACAUGGUGAUGGGGCUUCAUCUGAGGAGAGAAAGGCAGCAGCCCAGUGGCAACCUGGGAAAGACCGUUCAAAGGAGGAUCAGCGCGAACGGGCGCCGGAGACAGAUCAACAAGAUGCUCUCGAUCGUGGUGGUGGUGUUUGGAAUCUGCUGGGCGCCCUUUCACAUCGACAGGCUCCUGUGGAGUUCCAUUAGCCAGUGGACGGAUUUAAUGCACGACGUCUAUCAAUACGUCCACAUCCUGUCAGGCGUCUUCUUCUACCUCAGCUCAGCAGUCAACCCCAUCAUCUACAGCCUGCUCUCCACACGGUUCCGGGAAUGUUUCCGAGAACUCGUUUGCUCCCAGACGGAGGAUAACAGCUCUGUCAGAGACUCACUGCCAUUCCCUAAGAUUUUACUGGAACCCUCUGUGUCAAAUCCCGGAGCUCCGGCUGUGAGUAAGGAUUCCAGUGGUUUUAUUCCCUUAUUGUCUCCUAACAUGACACUGAGCAUGGACACUGCAAUCCUCACGCGUGCGUGUGAGGAGACGACCUGCCAGACCUGUGUUCUAACUGAGACUUGAUUUGAAUAAGCUAACACGCAAGAGAAAUCAGAAGAUCGAUACUACUCUCACAUCUUAAAUGUGAAGCCGGGGUGAAGUGGCAUUCGGGUCAAUCAGGUAGAGUUCCCGUUGCUC